AUGUUUUAUUUCCACUGUCCGCCACAGUUAGAGGGCACUGCACCCUUUGGGAAUCACUCAACAGGGGACUUUGAUGAUGGAUUUUUGCGCAGAAAACAGCGCCGGAACCGAACCACAUUCACUCUUCAGCAGCUGGAAGCUCUUGAGGCAGUUUUUGCCCAAACACACUAUCCAGAUGUCUUCACCAGAGAAGAGCUUGCCAUGAAAAUAAACCUCACAGAAGCUCGAGUGCAGGUUUGGUUCCAGAACAGAAGGGCCAAGUGGAGGAAAACAGAGCGAGGUGCCUCAGAUCAGGAGCCUGGCGCCAAGGAGCCCAUGGCAGAAGUGACACCCCCAUCAGUGAGGAACAUCAACUCCCCGUCCCCCGGGGAUCAGGCCCGGAGCAAGAAGGACACCCUAGAGACCCAGCAAAGCCUGGGGAGAUCGGUGGGUCCCACAGGACCGUUCUUCCCCUCUUGCUUGCCAGGGACCCUUCUGAACUCUGCCACCUAUGCCCAGGCCCUGUCACAUGUUGCCUCCUUAAAAGGGAGCCCCCUGUGCUCAUGCUGUGUCCCAGACCCCAUGGGGCUGUCUUUUCUCCCCACCUACGGCUGCCAGAGUCACCGCACGGCCAGCGUGGCUGCCCUGCGCAUGAAGGCCCGUGAACACUCGGAAGCUGUCCUGCAGUCGGCCAACCUCUUGCCAUCCACCAGCAGCAGUCCCAGCCCCGUGGCCAAGCCAGCCCCCCCAGAUGGCAGCCAGCACAACAGCCCUUCUGCCAAGGAACAGAGCGAGGGCGAGAAGAGCGUAUGA